CUUCUUGUUAUUCUUUGCCCGCUCGGCCCUUUUAUUGUUUUGUGUGCAGAGCCAGUAGGCUGUAGUCUUAGGUGGACUAUGAAAAAAAUAAUCCCCCCCAAAAACUUCUCAAGGGUCACGUGCGGGCUAAUUGCAGAGCACGGUAUAAUUUCCCCUCCCACUCUAACGUCAUUCCUCUUGCCAGUUGGAAACCCUCGUUUUCGGUCACGUGAUCAUGAUAGAUGCGAAAGCGGUGUAGAAGACACUAUGGAUUCCUCCAUUCCAAGCAUUGCUGAGGUUCAUGGCACGCUGCUGGCUAUGCAGAAGAAUUUAGAAUGCCCAAUAUGCCUGGAGGUGAUGAAAAAUCCAAUCUCAACAAAUUGUGCCCACAUCUUCUGCAGUUUCUGCAUGUUUAAGCUCCUCGGACAGAAGAAAGGUGUAGCACAGUGUCCACUUUGCAAAGCCAAAGUCACCAAAAGAAGUCUAUGGAAAGAUACUCGAUUUAAGGAAGUAAUCAAAGUUGUGCUGGAAACCAUCCAUGCUUUUGAAUGUGAUACAGGGUUCAAGUUUUCAGAUGAUCAGUGCUUCCCUAAGAAAGCUAUAGAAGCUGCUUGUGCGUCAGUUCCAUGGAAAGAAAAGGAAGUCAUUGAUUGUAAAGGCUAUAGAGACAGACUGAGAAGAGUGAAAGAAGCAAAAAAUAGAAAUACUAACUUGCAGGGUGAGACCUCCGACUUGCCAUUAGUUAGCAGAACUGUCACAAGGCACUCCCUGAGAAAGAAAAGCAAUUCCAGCAAAGCUGUCAUCUUUGAAAUAGGAUCAGACUCACCUGAAGAUGUGUUUAAGAAGGCAGAUGCAAUCAGGUGUGUGGGUUUCAGAAGUAGUUCUCUUUCUCAAGUUGGUAAAGGGUGUGCCAAGAAUCAAAGUCAAAGCCCUUGUGAUGUGGAGCUUCCCGAACCAAGUGUUGAAGAUGAAGCGUUCAAUAUCCUAGGAGUGCAUGGUUUCUUGGAAGAAGGGCUUGGAAGCACGAAAGGAACUCUAGCCAACACUGAAAACUUAGAAAUUCUUGAGAAGAAUGCUGCUGUGGGAAAGAGUCAGGAUUUGUCUUUUCCUGAUCCUUGCUUGGGGCAACCUGAGAGGAACGCCAGUUCUAUACAGGAGGAUGGUUCUUGCUGUUUACUCAGUAUGGCACAAUUGGUUGGUGAAGCUGCAAAGCCCACUGCAGAUAAACAGGUUGAUAAUGAUGCAGAAAAGGCUAGCAUGGAGCUGCCUUCUAGAAGUGCACAAAUAAGUUACAUCCUACAUGAAAAUGAGGAACAGCUGCCACAGUCACAUACUUCACCUGAUAGUUCUUUGAGUCAAGUAUCUGGGAAGAAACUGAUACGGAGCAUCCAGAAAGUCAACGAGUGGCUUUCUAAAAGCAAGGAGGUCCUUUCUCCUAGCUCUCUGCAGGAUAUCCACACAGAGGAAGUAGAUCAGGACCCAAACUUGUCAGAUGCAGACUCUCUUGUCUCCCAGAAGACUGAACUGCUGAUGGAAGACCAGGGGGUGUUCACAGUAGAAUGUGAAGGUGACAGGUCUCUGUCCAAACCAGCUGCCUCUAAAAUAGAAGAUAAAAUAUUUGGGAGAACAUACAAGAGGGAACGCAAGUCAAACCUCCUUUGGAAUGAGAGGGAAACAAAUCAGAUCCAAGCAAAGGAAGGCAUUGCUGUGAAUUCAAAAUCCUGUGAUAUACCCAUAAAACGAAUCUUAAUGCAAAAAAGGAAGGCUUCAUCAGAACUGACCCCAGUUGACUUCACCAGGAGGCAAGAUAUGCAAGUCAAUAGAAAUAAGCCUGGUGGAGAUGAAGACAAUGUUUUGGAAGAGGAUGGCAAAGCUCUUGGAGAUGAGAGCCUUGUGGGAGAUCAAAAGGAAAUUAAGUUGCCAGUUGAACUUCCUGUCAAGGAAGGGGUGUCAGUUUUGGAAGCUGAUGGUAGUGAAACAUCUCUGAGUGUAUGCCACAAAUUGCCAGAAUCAAACCUUAAAAAUCUAAAGGAAAAAAGUAACACUUUGAGCAAGAGAAGUAGACAAAUAAUCAAGCCAAUUAGUGCAUUGCAAUUGAUUGUGGACAGAAGUGCCAGGUCAUCCAAGAAGGCAAACGUACAGACUGAUGAUGAGUUAAAGGUAGUAGGCGUAGGCCAGGUACAAGUCAGGAGAAGCAGGAGACUUCAGUUGCAGCCAGAAGGAGCCUGGAGGAGAAGUGAGCCAGUAAAGAGAGGAAUAAAACAGAUGAAUGAGAAAGAGAAGAAAUGUAGGUGGUCUCACGCAGGAAACAUGCCAACUCCUUCCACAGCAGAAAGCGACCCCAGUGUGUUCCAUGGCAGGCCACAGAAGGACAUAUCUUGGUCAGAUGCCAGCUUGAUAAACAUGGAAGAUAAUGCAAAUGGAGCUUGUGCUAACCCUGCAACCUCUCCUCAGAUGAAUGUUGAGCAAACCACAGACAGCCAUGGUCCUUGUUGCAAUGUUCCCAGUGCAAAUUCCCAAGAUAGCUGCUCACUUCUUCAGUUUGCUUCUCCAGAGGUGGAGCAGACUACUUCUGAGGACAAACAGUUCAUGGUAGGACACCAAACUGGGAAAAGUGUGUUGUGUCCCCAGACACCAGAGGGGGGUGGGUUAUGCACAGGGAAUGUGAUGGGAAGCUUUAAGCCCCCUGAAACAUAUGAUAAAGCUACAGGAACUUUGGAGCUGAACCCAGAAACUGAUGACAGUGAACUGGAUACAAACUUCAUGCGGAAGAUGUUCAGUGGCUGCAAACGCCGGUCAUUCUUGCUGCAUCCAAGACCAGUAAAGGAAUCUGUUACAGAAAUUCAAAAAGAACCAAGCAAUGGAUGGGUGGAAGAUGGAAACGUUGACUGUUUGAAGAAAUCAACUCUCAUCAAUAGGUGUUGUGAGGAGAGAAGAGAAGCUUUUGCCUGUGAGGUGAACAGCUCUGUCCAAAGAUUGGCAUCUUGCACCUCCAGUUUCCCAGAUAGAACUGAGCACCCCCAGCUUGCCUCACAAGAUCCAUUCCCAGAUCAUCCAUCUACACCAGAGCUAUUAGCCACCAGGAAUGCCAAGGGUGAAAGGCAUCUGCAAAGUCAAAAACUAGCAACUAAAAAGAGAGCCUUCCCCAAAAUGGGGGGAGAAAUUGCAAACUCAAAUGGCAGCAGCAGCAGUGGCAGCCAAAGUGUCUGGAGAAAUGAUAUCUUCCAAAGCACCAGUUUAGGUGCCAUUAAUGAGACAAGCACUAGUAUAGGCCACUCUCAAGGAGCAGGAUCUGAAAGCACUGAAAACAAAGGCCUGGCAUUAAGCUCCCAGCCAGAAUCCAUACAGCCAUGUCAGCUACCACAUCCUGAAUUCAGCUGCAUUCAUGGUGAAAACAAUGUGGAACAAAAGCAACUGAACAGUGACACAGAAGAAGCAACCGAUAAUUCCAGCACAGGUGUUCCUAAGUGUUUGGUUCCCAGAAAGAAUUUGGAACAAUGUACUGAGGAGGAGUCCCAUGGCUUUGAGCUGUUGUCAGAGACACCAGAGGGCUUAUUAGGCCUUGUCAUCAGAAACGAAGGCUCGCCUAAAGGCUCACCUAACCUUAGGGAAAUAGACAGGAAAGAUAAUUUGGCUGUGUCUCUUAAAACCAACAAGCAACCCACCCUUGAGAGCGACCUGGACAACAGCAACAAAAGCAGUUCCAAGUUGAACUGUAAAAGCCUUGCUUGGGCACGCCAGAGACGAGUGCAGAAGCUACCAUCCUCAGAAGAGGAACAUUCCAGUGAAGAUGAAGAAUUGCCAUGCUUUCAGGCUCUGAUAUUUGGUAAAUCGGCAAGAACAUUGGAACCAGUGAAAAAGGAGACAUCAGAAGGGAUGCUAGCAUUGCAGAGUAGCAGCAAAAGUAACCUGAAAACCAAAGACGAUGAUGUCUCUCCAAGUCAGGAGUCGGAAUGCUCUGUUAAUUUGUUUUCUUUCCAGUCACAUGUAUCUGAGGACUUCAGCAGCAGGCCUCAUGAUUCAAGACAUUUGACUCCAGCUCCCACUUCUAACGAAAAUCUGGCAACUGUCAGCGGGAAUAAAAAAGCCAUUCAACCCAGGGAUAAAGUCUCCAGAUAUGCUGAGCAACUGAAGGAUGGACAGCAAGAAUAUGUGAAUUCAGAAUCCAAUUUAGGUGAAACCAUGGAGUAUGACAGUGAAGCUAGCUGCUUGGGGGAUUCAUUGGGCCUGUCCUCCCAGAAUGAGAUUCUCACCACACAGCAAAGAGGUGCCAUGCAAAACAGCUUAAAGAAACUUCAGCAGAAGAUGGCUAUUCUUGAAGCAGUUCUCAAGCAGGGAAGCCAGAAUGCUGUCCAUGAAGGGUCACCACUCUCUGAUGAGGACGAUGAUUUCACUGGAGAGACAAGAUCAGCAAAUGGGCAGCAUCAUGUAGCUCAGCUUAUAACACUAGGAAGUAAAGCAAAUUUGAGAUCUAAUCAAAGCUUCCAAGAUGCCUUCUCCCCCCAUGUGAGCAUGCAUGCAACUUCAGUCAGUCACGCCAUCUCUUCCUCAAGGUCUAAAGAGCAGAUUUCCCGCUGUUUGGCAACAGAGACAGCAAGAGGGCCUCUUGCUGACACAUGUGAUACAGGAAGACUCAGCACACCAAGACACAAAGGACAAAGAAGUCCAGUCUGCCCCUUGUUACCCACCACACACUGUAGCGCCAGGAAAAGGAAUUCAGAGAGUCCACUUCUGACCAGCAAGAGGAAUAUGUCUCUGGUGGCAUCGGGUCUGAACCAAGGCGAAUUGAGACUGGUACAGAAGUUUGCCAGGAAAAGUGAGAGCACUUGGUCUAAUAACAUUUCUAAAGGAACAUCCCAUGUAGUAAUGAAAACAGAUGAGGAUCUGGUCUGCGAGCGGACCCUGAAAUACUUCUUAGGUAUUGCUGGACAGAAAUGGGUGGUGAGCUACCAGUGGAUUGUACAAUCACUUAAGGAAAGAAGAGUUCUUAAUGAGGACGACUUUGAAGUUAGAGGAGAUGUAAUCAAUGGGAGAAGCCAUCAAGGACCCAGAAGAGCAAGGGAAUCUCCUUCUGGAAAGCUUUUCCAAGGCUUGGAAAUAUGCUGCCAUGGGCCAUUCACUGACAUGCUCCCAGAACAACUGGAGUGGAUGGUAGAGCUGUGCGGCGCCUCCCUUGUGAAAGAACCUCACUUAUUCACACAUGCAACAAACUCUACUGCUGUGGUGGUCAUUCAGCCCGAAGCUUGGGGGGAAGACACUGCCUGCCAAGAUAUCCCACUGCAGUACAGUGCUACUGUAGUUUCACGUGAGUGGGUGCUGGACAGUGUUGCAUGCUACCAACGCCAGGCAUUUGAUGAAUACAUCAUGCAACAGCUGUGACAGGAUGGCCUUUUGAAAUUACUUAUGAGUGCGGAAUCUUCAGGAAAGGAUUUCUGUGGAGCUUUUGUGAAAGACUUCCUCAGAGAGAAUAUGGUUUCACUUGCAAGAUAAAUAUUUCAGAGGGCAUAAAUGCCCUGUCGCUCGCCAAAGGCAGAACUUAAAACUGUGAAACUUCUAUUUUCACCAUAGCGAGCCAAGCAAUAAUGUGGUGUUCUGGGCUGAUGCAGAUGCAUUAUUUCCUAUUCAAUUUCUGCAUUGUUUGGGAGACUUUUCACGUCUUGGAGAUGUAAUCGAUUGCAAGAGUUAUAUGGAUCUGAGAGCUUCAAUUAACUCCGGAGGAUAGCAGUAUUUUAUCUGCUUGUUUAAUGGGGCAGGGUGUUCACAUACAAAGAUUCACUUAUGCUGGAUAACUGGCAAAGCAACAUUUUCUAAUAAGAAGCAUUGCCAGACUGGUGAUUGCACAAGAAGCCCCUGCAACAAACCCUUGCAUCAUAAGGAAGUAUGUGCCAAGUCAGAUAUUUGUGUUUUGUCCAAAUGUGGGCACUAUAAAUAAAUUUAGCAUCUCUCUA